AAACAAGAAGAACUACUCCUUCCCUCCCUUCUAGUAAGAGCAAUGUCAACUGCUGCCACCCAGCGGCCGGAGGGAUUCUCUUCAAAUUAGUCCCAUGAAAAAGAAAAAACGGACAUCUUUAUGAAUUUGUAAAACCCGCCCGGACGACGAGGAUACUACGUGAAAGUAGGGCUUGUCCGGGCAAAAGAGGACGUUUGAUCACCCUAUUUAUACAGUAUAUGCUCUUGACAAGUCCAGGGUGAACCCAAACCUUCGCCCAAAAUCUAACUAUAUAAAUAAAUGUUCUUCAUCUCAAUGAAGUUCAUCUCUCUACGACGAAGCACCAAACCAACAUCAAAGUUCCGAUGUUUUUCCGCAUCGCUUUAUUUUUAAUGUUUGCUAAAUCACGCGCUGAACAUAUUUCCUUUUGUUAGCUAUCUCGUCCGUGAUAUCACUACUCGCUCGUGAGGGCAGGAACCUUAAAAUGCCUGUUAAAUCGUGAAAAUUGAGAUUUUAAGCAAUUUUAACCACUAAUGCUCUGGAGCUAGCAUUGUGGCUAACGAGGACAACAAACGAAAGUAGCGCAGGACUGUGAUGCUUGACAGACACGUGAACACAGCCAAUCGACAGGCUGUGUGGCUAGUCACAUGACAGGAAAUAGUGAUACUAGCCGCGCGCAUGCAUAUAUAUUGGUUGAAGCGGAAGUAGUUGGUCGCCAUUUCGCGGAGGAGUUCCAAGUGGUCAUUUCGAACCCAUCCGCUGUGAAGGCAGCGGGAAAGCCGCUUUUUUUUGUUUUAUUUUUUUAUGUUGGUUUUUGUCACCAUUGGAUAGCUGCAAGACACCGACCCAGAUGGACGCGGCUCUAAAUUCGCCCCACGAAAGCUCCACAGUGGGGCUUUCCUGCAUCGGGAUGGACCCGCACGCGAGCACGGGCAAGCGCAUCCGCAAACCCUCGCUUCUUUAUGAGGACUUCGAGAGCCCCUCCCUGCCCCACGCCGCCCCGCCAGGUCUGCCCGCCCCUCCGCAGCCUGCCGUCAGGGACCCGUCCCGGUCGGGCCGCGCAACCAACCAGCUGCAGUUCCUCCAGAAGACCCUGCUCAAGUGCCUUUGGAAGCAUCACUUUGCGUGGCCCUUUCACGAUCCGGUGGAUGCGCACAGGCUCAAUUUGCCCGACUACCACAAGAUCAUCAAGCAGCCAAUGGACAUGGGCACCAUCAAGAAACGCCUAGAGAAUAACUAUUACCGCUCAGCCAGCGAGUGCAUCCAGGACUUCAACACCAUGUUCACCAACUGCUACAUCUACAACAAGCCAACCGACGACAUCGUGCUGAUGGCCCAGUCCUUGGAAAAGAUCUUCCUCCAGAAAGUGGCGCAGAUGCCCCAGGAGGAGGUUGAAAUUCCCGCGCCAACCCCCCGCCAGAAGAGCAGCCAGGGACGCGGCCGCAAAACCAGCCGUGAGUGUCUGUCCCCGCGGGCGCAGCAGGUGCCGGCCGUGUCGCAGUCAGCCUACUCGCCGUCCUCCUCGGACACUGGCGAGUCCAUGCUGGCCAGCUCGCCGCAGACGGUGCUGACCAAGAGCCUGCCGCCAGCCACCAUCAUGGGCCUGCCUCCCACGCAGCCAACUACCAAGAAAAAGGGCGUUAAGCGCAAGGCGGACACCACCACUCCGUCCACCCUGGGCUUGACGGCGGGCAUGUCAGCAGAGGGUCACAUGGUGGGCUUGGGAAAGGGAGGCCAUGGCGGGCAGAUCCCGGAGACGCCACCCGGCACGGGCCUGGUCCGCGGCCCCGGUGGGCCCGUCUUACUGCAGCCUAUGAUGGGAAGGCGCGUGGGUAGCGGGCGCCCCAUCAAGCCGCCCAAGAAGGACCUGCCCGAUUACGUACAGCCGCACCCGUCGCGCAAGGGCAAGCUGAGCGCGCCCAUGCGCUACUGCGGCGGGCUGCUCAAGGACAUGCUGUCCAAAAAGCACGCCGCCUACGCCUGGCCCUUCUACAAACCCGUUGACGCGGCCGAGCUCGGCUUGCACGACUACCACGACAUCAUCAAGUGUCCCAUGGACCUCAGCACCAUCAAGAGGAAGAUGGACGGGCGUGAGUACCGUGACGCACAGCAGUUUGCCGCAGACGUGCGCCUCAUGUUCUCCAACUGUUACAAGUACAACCCGCCCGAACACGACGUGGUUGGCAUGGCCCGCAAGCUUCAGGACGUAUUUGAGUUCAGUUUCGCCAAGAUGCCCGACGAGCCGCAGCUGGACCACUCCGGCAUUUCUCUGAGCGGGCACCCGUCAUCCUCGUCCUCAUCGUCGUCCACCUCUUCGUCGUCUACGUCGACCACGUCCGAGAGCGAGCCCAGCACCGAGAGCGAGGAGAGCGAGAGCAGCCCGAGCUCGGAUAGCGAGGAGGAGCGAGCGCACAGGCUGGCCGAGUUGCAGGACCAGGUGUGCACACAGCUUAGAGCUGUGCACGAGCAGCUGACGGCGCUCUCCCAGGGUCCCAUCGUCAAGCCCAAGAAAAAGCGUGAGAAGAAGGAGAAAAAGGAGAAGAAGAAGCGCAGGAAGCCAGAUAAGCGCAGCCGCGGAACCAAAAGCCGGGCCGGUUCCGAGGAGUGGACGUUACCCACUAAAAUGCUCAAGAGCAAGUCGUCAAGAGGCGGUGUAUCGCAAACCAAAAAGAGCCAGAGCAAGAAGAGCAGCAAGAGCAAGAGCUCCAAGAAGUCAUUCUAUCCGCCGCUGCCGGCUACCCUUCUGCCACACUACGACUCUGAGGAGGAGGAGGAGAUCGUGCCCAUGACGUAUGAUGAAAAGCGGCAGUUGAGCUUGGAUAUUAACAAGCUACCCGGCGAGAAGCUGGGCCGCGUGGUGCACAUCAUCCAAUCACGGGAGCCCUCGCUGCGCGACACGAACCCCGAGGAGAUCGAGAUAGACUUUGAGACACUCAAGCCGUCCACGCUGAAGGAGCUGGAGCGCUACGUUAUGACUUGUCUGAGGAAGAAGCCGCGCAAGCCCUACACCGACCUAGUGAAAAAAGGCGGCGUGCUCAAGUCCAAAGAGGAGCUGACCCUGGAAAAGCGUCUGGAACUGGAGAGGAGGCUGCAGGAUGUCAGCGGACAGCUCAACUCGGCAAAGAAGCCUGCCAAACCCAAAGUGGAGAAGUCCAACCCCGCCGAGGCCCGUACGCAACCCUCACGCCUCAGCGGCAGCAGCUCCAGCUCAGACUCGUCCUCUUCCUCGUCCUCCUCGUCAUCGUCGUCCUCGGACACCAGUGAGUCAGACUCAGGCUGAGGACUUUGCUGCUAAAAUAGAAAAAGAAGAAGCAACUCAGGGACUUGGGCUGGCCCAGGAUGUGACGCUCCCUGAAAACGGACUACUGAAAACCAACAUGAAUUGAAUGUUACACUUGAAGGAUGUUUUGGGGGAAGACAAACAAAACACUUAAUGCCUUUGCUUUCUCCCGCCUACUUUUUAGUUUGUAAAUACAUGUACAAAAGUCUAUGUUUCUUUUAUAAAGAAGAAUUUUAUGAUUAUUUCCACCUGCCAGAGAAGGACAUGUGGUGCAAGUCUUCUUUGGAUUAAUUUAUUUAUUGGAAACCCCGCAAGUUCUUUUGCUUUUCUUUCUCAUCCCCUCCGCUUCAUCUUCAAUGCGGCAAUGGAACUUGGAAAGCUGUUGGAGCAUUUCUUCCAUAUACUUGAUAGUGCACUUUGUCCUCACUAGUAAAACAAUUUAACAUAACAGUAGACUCAAAUAUAGUCGUUUUUUCCUCUCCUAAUGAAUGGCCGUUCCUUACACUAGUAGAAUUUUGACAUACGAGUUGGACAACUGUUACUUGAAGCACUAUAUGUAAACUAGUAGUAUUGUGCAUUACUAGCAGCACGUAGUUGUACUACUACAUGGACAAUAGCUGGAAAUCAAGCAUACAGAUCAAAUGCUCAAACAGGUAUUACAUUCCUAAAAAGGAACAGUAAAUUUAGAGGUUUUGCUUACUUGUUACUGAUGUUGCUGCUGCCUAACAACUUGAUUUAUUUGCGAAUGUUCAUGAUGAAUUGUAGAAGUAAUGCUUGUAUAUUCUCUAAGGUAUUUAUGCUGCAUAUACUACUGCAUCAACCCUAUUGUUCCCUCGCUUAAGUUCUUUUUGUGUCCUUUUUACACUUCUCUUACAGUACUUCUCUCAUUCCGGUUUAGCAUUACUAUUUGCUUACUUGGCUCAUCUUUUCUGUUUCUUCCUUUGACAUCUUUUGGUAAUUAAAAUACUCUGUAGAAAAAGUGUCUGUGUGCAAUAGUCACAUCACUAGGGAUAUGUCAUUGUUUCCUUCAAAACCACUAAAGGUUGCUGUCCAAUCACUCGAUAGUUCUUGUUCUUGUGGACGCUAAAUUUGAAGUCCUAUUCCUAUGUUAUCCGUGAACUGAUCAUCUUAAAACUUGGCAGCUACAGUAGUAUGGAAAA